UUCCGUCGCUCAGUAAUCUUUGCGAUGCAGGCAAGCAGCAACUUUGGGAGCGGGCGGGGCGGCAGCUUUGGGGCGCCGCCGGCGUGGACGCCGCCAUCGCCGCUGGAGAAGGCGUACUAUGACACGCUCUUCGUCCUCGCCGACGAGGAGAAGGCCGGCACGCUCGGCGGGCGCAGCGCAGUGUCGUUCUUCUCCAAGUCGGGGCUCGACAAGACGGUGUUGCGCGAGAUUUGGACCAUUGCCGACGCGCGCCAGACGAGCCAGCUCCUCAUUGGCGACUUUUACGUGGCCAUGCGCCUGAUUGCGAUGGCGCAGCAAGGACAGCCGGCGACGCACCAGCGCUUUCUCGAGCUCGCCCAGACGCCGUUCACGGUCGCGAUCCUUCAAGGUGUACCGCCCCCCGCGAUGCCCGCGCCGCCGGCCGCCGGGCCCUCGUACGCGAUUCUCGACGACGAAAAGGCCAAGUACAAUGGCAUCUUCCGGCAGUACGACACGGACAACGACGGCUUCAUCCAGGGCCACGAAGCCGCGACGCUCUUUCAAAUGUCGGGACUGGACCGCGAGAACUUGCGCACCGUGUGGACCUUGGCCGACCGGACCUCGGACGGCCGCUUGGACGUGACGGAGUUUUACAUUGCGAUGCAUUUGAUUGUGUGCGUCACGAAGCGCAACAUGCCGCUGCCGCCCUCGAUCCCGUACGACAUGGAGCAGUCGUUGCAGUCGAGUGCCAACGUGAACAACGCGACGGCCCCGCGCACCAACAGCUUUGGCGCGCCUUCGGAAUUUGGGCACCCGCCACCGCCACGCACCAAUAGCUUUGGACAACAUGCCUCGCCAAGUGGCUUUGGCAGCAACGCGAUGCCCGGCGGCCUCACGAUGCAGCAGCCGCCAAGUCGCACCAACAGCUUUGGUCAGCCGUCUCCUGGUGGCUUUGGCCAGCCGUCUCCUGGUGGCGUCACCCAACCGCCAUCUCAAGGCAGCUUUGGCCAGCCGCAGUCUCAAGGUAGCUUUGGCGCUCUGACGCCAGGUCGCACCAACAGCUUUGGGCAGCAGCCGCCUCAAGGAAGCUUUGGCCAGCCGUCCCCCGAAGGCAGCUUUGGGCAGCCGCAAGGCAACUUUGGCGCUCUGACGCCAGGCCGCACCAACAGCUUUGGCCAGCCCAACUCUGGGGUAUCCGCCGGGUUUGGUGGUGCGAUGCCGGCACCAACAGCCUUUGGUAGCAACUCUGGCAGCAACGUAAAUGGCCACUUUGGCGACAGCUUUGGCAACAGCGCACACCCUCCGCCGUCGCCAGCUCCGUCUGCGUCGUCCGUCACCUCGGCGUCGCACUUUGGCAGCAACGCUGGUUUGGGUAUGGCCUCGAGCGACUCGCCCCUUGCAGGCUUUGGUAGCAGUUCUCGGCCAACUACCGAGGCGCCUUCCCACUUUGGCAGUAGCUCCAAGCUGCCCGACUUUAGCGAUUUCAACGCUGUGCCUACAAAUGCGCCAACUCCGGACGGCCCCUCGAUGGAUGCGGGCUUUUGUGCCUUUGACAAGGUCCCAUCGUCCUCGUUUGGGUUCCCGUCGCCGACGCCCGACACGACGCCGACCGCAAGUACGUUUGCCGCGUUCCCAGCACCCAGCAACACCUUUGGCGACUUUGGCUCGCCGCAGUCGGCGCCGCCGACCCGGCAACUGUCGAUCGUCGCUGAGCCGCCACGCCGCGCGUCGGUGCCGGUGGACACUGGCUUUUCCAGUCCGAAUCUGGACGAUCAAUUUAGCGGGCUCUCACUCUCGACAUCGGCAUCGACUUCGAACCCCGCUUCGUCCACGACGCAUGCGCCCGCUGGCGUCUCGGCCUCGGCCUUGGCCAGCGCGUCGGCUCUGGACGCAUCGAACCACGCGCUGCAUGCCAACGUGGCAGCGCUGUCCCAGCAACAAGCGCUGUUGAGCCUGGUCGUCCGCAUCCAAGCCCUCGUGGCCGAGCUUGUGCAGCUGACGAUGACGCGCAACGAGCGCAAGAAGGGCCCGGAUCCGGUCGUUGCCGCGUCGCUCCAGCAACUGAUUGACGACGAGCGCGCGCUCAUUCGCAGCACGUCGGCGGCGCUCGAGCAGCUCGAAGCCAAGCAAGUGGCGACCAAGUCGCACGAUCCAUUUGGAUUUGCGUCGCCUUAA